AUGGCUUUAAGGGUCAGUCCAAUAACAGCGCAACUCGCUAAGUUGUCCCUGGGGAUUUCGCGAACGAGUAUACGAUUCAACCAGAUCUCCGCCAAAGAUGCAGCGAGGCGGACGGAGAUUGCAAAAUCCGUUCAGGCUCCUGGCCACGGCGAGAAGAUAUGGAUAUUCUUCCACAUAAUAGACGGUUUUACCGUCUACUCGCAUCAACCAGUCCUUCAAGCGACCAAAGCGCUAAGGCAGAUCUCUUUCAACGGCAAGAAGCUCAAGCCCUCUAAGUUUCGAAAAGAUUACUGGCAGACCCUUGCCAUGAUUGGUUUCCCUGAAGGCUACGGUGCGGUAGGACGGAGCGUAUACCAGCUCCUGCGAGAGUGCAAGAUGCUUCAUCAACUGUCUUGGGACGACGAUAUGUUUUACACCAACGACGAGGACACUGGUAAACGUUACCCGCGAACGAAAACAACAAGGGGCAGGAAGUUAAAUGAUAUGAAGACAACUACCAUCGCCGACAUGGCUGCCGUACUCGGAGGGCUGGGUAAGGGCAAUAAGAUAUGGCAGCCCGUGACGGAGAAUCCCGAAGAACUUCUUAACUUGGCAGCGGAAGAUGAGAAUAACCUCAAGACGGACGAGGAUGGCGUCAAGGCCCUUGUCAAGGCCAAAAUCUGGUGGCUAGACGACCUGGACCGGAAUUAUGCAGAAAGCUGGCCGUCCAGCGUCACCCAUCACCGUUUCGACCGUAGCGACGUGAAGGGCUGGUUUAAUUUCCAACCAGCGCCAGCUGAAGCGCCAGUUGAUAAACCAGUUCCACAGGAAGCUGAGGAGGUAGGGAAAAAGGAGAGUGAAGAGGGUGAAGAGGGCGAAGAGGGCCAAGAGGGAAACCAAGAGCGAAUUAAAGAGGGUGCUCAAGAGGAAGCUAAAGAGGAAGAAGAACCGAAAACUCUCCGGGAUAAGAUGGACAAAGAGAACGCGGUGAAACGCAAAAAGAAGACCGCAAAGUCCCUGUCUGAUAGGCUGUCUUAA